UUAGCUAUUCACGGCUGCAUUAGUGUGUAUUUAUUUAAACAGACCGUUUAUCAAAGUGUCUUCCUCAGUACACAGAGUUUGUAUGGCUAAUGAUGAAUGCAGUAUUACUCUUGAUGCAGCAGGUGUACCGUUCCUGACGCAGUCUGUUCAGCCGUCUGCUGUCAUCCCUCACACGCGCUCACCGGUUAUUUACCGGGCAACAGUUGCAUCAUUUGUCAACCGGUGCGGUACAGCAGUCCUACUUCGCAGUACCUCGAGAACACGGAAUCACGCAUUUGCGCGCGCGUUACACGUUCUGUCGGUUCAGCUCGAGCGCAGUGAGUCAGUGAGGCGGGAUUGGAUUAGUCGCUGUGCGUCGUUCAGUCUUCGUUCUGCUGGCGGUACCGUAACCGGGCGGCAUGAAACGGAAUGCGGGCAACGAUUAAAGCCGGUCACACAGUCACAGAGACCGAUACUCGCGUUCGCGGCUUUAUCCGUUUGUGUUUUGUGUUUCCUGUAAGGCUGGAAAGAUUGACGCGUUAAGAAGGUUAUUCGGAGGCAGCGCUCACCCUGGAAGCACCAUGGCCAGGGGAAGCGAGGAAUCUGUGAAUGGAUCGUGGAAGAAGCAAGUGGAUGAUAUCAGGAAGAUAUUUGAGUUUAAGGAAAUCCUCGGGACUGGGGCGUUUUCUGAGGUGGUCUUGGCCCAAGUAAAGGCCACAGGAGAGAUGUACGCCGUGAAAUGCAUCCCAAAAAAAGCACUAAGAGGAAAAGAGAGCGGAAUAGAAAACGAGAUUGCAGUGCUGAGGAAGGUCAAGCAUGAGAACAUUGUGGCACUGGAAGACAUUUAUGAGAGCCCUUCUCAUUUGUAUCUUAUUAUGCAACUUGUGUCAGGUGGGGAGUUGUUUGAUCGUAUCGUAGAGAGGGGUUUCUACACGGAGCAGGAUGCCAGUGCAUUAAUCAAGCAGGUUCUGGAUGCAGUUAACUACCUGCAUUCACUGGGGAUAGUCCACCGAGACCUGAAGCCAGAGAAUCUGCUCUAUUUUAACCCACAUGAAGAAUCCAAGAUUAUGAUAAGUGAUUUCGGGCUGUCCAAGAUGGAGGGCGCAGCCAAUGACAUCAUGUCCACAGCCUGUGGGACGCCGGGAUAUGUGGCUCCAGAGGUAUUAGCACAGAAACCUUACAGCAAAGCUGUGGACUGUUGGUCUAUAGGAGUGAUUGCUUACAUCUUGUUGUGUGGUUACCCUCCGUUUUAUGACGAGAAUGACUCCAAACUGUUUGAGCAAAUACUGAGGGCAGAAUACGAGUUUGAUGCCCCGUACUGGGACGAUAUUUCUGAUUCAGCUAAAGACUUCAUUGGUAACCUGAUGCAGAAAGAUCCAGAAAAGAGGUUCACUUGUGAUGAGGCUCUUCGGCAUCCGUGGAUAGCUGGUGAUACUGCGCUCUGUAAGAACAUCCACGAAUCAGUCAGCCGGCAGAUGAAGAAGAACUUUGCCAAAGCAAAAUGGAGACAAGCGUUUAACGCUACCGCAGUGAUCAGACAUAUGAGGCGUCUUCAGCUCGGCAGCAGUAUGGAUUCCUCUCAGCACAGGAAGCCGAAUCCAACAUCCAUGCCAGGGAAGAGUCAGUCGAUCGACGUUUCCUCAGUCCACCGCAACGACUCCCUUGAGGAGGGUGUUAUCUUUGUCUAGGUUCGUCCAUGCAAGCGGCAAACUCUUCCUCGAGGACGCCCGAGCGGCAAACACGGCCAUCCACGGUCACUACCAUCAUCACUGGCUCCAAAUGACAUCACUUCCUGUCAGACUGCUCACUUAACUGUCGCACUUUGUGGAAAGACGUGUUUUCUCCUAUUUAACGGUAACUUCCAUUGUCCACAGUCGCUGGUUCAAACCAGUUUUCCUUUCUGGAAAGCCAAUGGCGUGCUACGAAACCAGACUGAUUCAAAAAUAGCAGCCUGCGUGAAAUUCAGGGGACUGUUUUAUGCGGUUGUUGAAUGGAGAUUACGAACCUUGAGAUGAAGAACAUCUGCUUUGAGUCUUAAUAGAAGACAAAAAGGUGUAGAUAAAACGAUUUUCAUUCAUUAAAGAGUUCUCGUAAUGUUUUGCUGCUUUAUUUCAACCUGCUGCUGUUUUGAAGAACCAAACGAUAAAUGAUGUGAGAUUUACAGAAAUUGAUGUAAUAAAUACAGGCUUUAAACCAAUAGCCACGUGUAUUGUCAUCCAAUACGUAUAAACUUGAAAUUCGGUCCUGGAUGCGCAACCCCAUCUCUUGAAAGUGCGUAUAAAUAUUACGCUAAAAUAAAAUUGAAAACUCGGGAUAUUUAUACGCAAAAAUUGGCGUGUAUAUGCUACGCGAUGGGUAGGAUUAGGGUUGUGGGGUAGAUGCAUAUCAUAUGCAUGCGAAAACGGCGUAUCAUAUGCACGCCAACAAAUUUCGUAUCAUAUGCACGCCAAAGUCCAUUUUUGCGUAUCAAUACCACGAGUUUUCGUUUUUAUUUGGCGUACUAUUUAUACACAUUUUCAUGAGACUGGGCUCGGAUGCAUCUGGCAUUUAUUACUGAGAGAAUGAAGGAUGUGAAUAUUGUAUAAACAAACACAAAUGCUCAGCAAUUUGUUAAUAUCAGUGAAAGAAUCUGGAGUGAUUUGUGUGUCAAAUGUUUCUGAAGGUAUAAAAUGAUGGUGAAAAGCAGUAUUUUCUGUAUGUUUUGGAUUUAUUUUGUAAGCUUUGCUUUUUUUUUUUUAAUGACUUUUGGUCACACUUUACAUUGCAGUGAUUAUGUUGCUUUGUAAUAUUUUGUGUAAAUUCAGGUAUUUAUUGCUGUUGCCACUUAAAUUACUAUUAAUAGUACAUUAUUAUUAAAUAUAUGUAAUAUAGACACUGUAAUGUAAACUGUCAUUAUUCUUUUAACUGUGGCUAAUGAUGAGAUUGAUUAACGCUUGACCAAUAACGUGUUUGUUUUAUCACAGAUCUAUAUGAAAAGUACCAGCUUCAGUGACGGACAUUUGUAUUUGCCGAUCUUGUGUUUCAGUGACGCAAAAAUGACUAAAAUUUCACGCAAACAUGGCAGUUUUCCAGUUUAACUGAAGCUGUUUUGAUAUGAUGUGUCCACUGAUAUACGACCGUGAGAGUUUCAAACAGUUUCUGCUCUAAAUCUUGCAUGUCAUCCUGGUCUUCAUACCGGCCCUCUGAAUUUAGCAGCUGAGUGCUGGUUCUUUCAUUCAGGUCGCAGAAAUGAUGUAAGCAGUGUUUUCUCUUUAGUAGAUUUGUUCUGUGGUGAGUGUUUUUGGUGAGUGUAUGGUUUCAAAUUUUCAUUAAAGACAAAGAUAACACCA